CAGCCUCCUUGAUUCAAAUACCAGGAACAACUCAGCCAGCACAAAGCGAAGCUUUGGGGGGCAAAAAAACUCACACCCCCAUCAGCGUGCGCACACAGACAAGCACGUGAAAACCUAAAGUUCAUCAGCAUGGGAAAGGAGGAGGAGAAGAAAGCCCAGCACAGCACGUCCCUGAAAAACCAGAGCCAGAUAGGGAAGGCACCCGAAGGGGAGAAAAGCACCGACUUGAGCAAGACGCAGGAGUCCGCGAUGAAGAAGAAGAAGCAGAAGAAGACCAAGGGGGAUCCCAAAGCUGGCCAGGAGGAGGAAUCCCACACUUGUUGUGGCUGCCGUUUCCCGCUGCUGUUUGCUUUGUUGCAGCUGGCAUUAGGCAUCUCUGUAACAGUGCUGGGCUUCCUUAUGGCAGGCAUCAGUUCUUCUCUGCUAGUCAGAGACACUCCAUAUUGGGCUGGGAUAAUUGUCUGUGUUGUGUCCUUAGUGGGAUUUGUUAUGCUUUGUAUUUCGUACCAACCUGACGAGAAGACGUGUGUGCAGUUCACAGUAAAGCUAAUGUAUUUUCUCUUGAGUGCCCUGGGUUUGGUUGCCUGUGUUUUGGCCGUGGCUUUUGCUGCACACCAUUAUUUGCAGAUGACCAAAUUUACCUGUGAUACCAUACUUGAGUCCUGCCAGUGCAAACUGGACACUGCAGACCCCCUCGGCAGGACCUUUGUCUACCAGGAUGCAGCCGACUGCGGCAGCCUCACCGGCAUGCUCAACCUGUACUUACUUCUGCAGAUGGUUCUCAAUCUGAUUGCAGCCCUGGUGUGUCUUUCAGCAUGCUUCGUGAUGUGGAAACACAGAUACCAGGUCUUCUAUGUGGGCGUUCGGUUCUACCCUUUAACUACUACCAACUGCCAGCAACAGAAAGUAUAGGGUCUGGGCUGGCGGGGGUGGGUGGGGGUGUAGCCAGGGAAUGGAAAAUAUCAGCGUACUGCCACCAUAGAUACCAUGGAUGGAUGGGUGUUUAUAAGGUUUUUGACAAGGAAGAACAUUUACACAGCUUUAACGAAUAUAUUUUUCAGCCAUUUAAAGAGCAUUUCAUAUGGCUACUCUUGCAAAAGGUCUCUUGUGAGAUUAUGUAGAGGUUGCAAAGUCCUAAAGAUGCAGCUGUACAAAUGCUCACCAAAGAGGAUCUUUAAUAGCCAUAGUCAAAAUAAGAGCUUAAAAAAUCAUCGGGAACUCGUGUGCAGGGCUACAGCCAUUAAGAAAUAGGGUCCAUUUCCCUCACCAGUAGGUAUCUGUUCUUGCCUUCAGAGAAGCUAUACUGAUUUCUGCCAGGCAAGGAUCUGGUCCAAACGGCUUAAGUAUAAUUAUGCUGAUCAUGCUUAGGGAAUAUAUUGUCUCUCAGAUGCUCUGGGUAUAAUCCACACUAACUUGAUGGGGAUUUACCAUAUGGAAAAGUAAUAAGGGAGGUUAAGACCUCUUCUGAUACAGGCUGAGACCAACAGCAAAGUGAAUGUAUUGAUGACUGCCGUAUAAAAUAUAUAUAAGGCUUUUCAGAGUGACUAAUGAUAUAGGUUACCUAAUCCAAUUACUAAGAAAAAACAAUAUGAGUGUGCUGACUAAUGGCGAUUUGGUGGGCCCUGCUUGAGACCCCAGACAGAUUUCUGAAGUGUGAGUGCUCAGCACUUUGUGAGAAAAGACCAAUUUAAGAAACCUUGAGUUGCACUCUUAAAGUGGAGGACCCUAAAUCACCAGUCACAUUGAAAGCGAUGUUGACAUUGCUGUAAUUGCAGGCUCCCAAACCCGGCAUCUAGCCAGUUCCACCAAUUAUACUCCAAGCACAAAAGGCCAAAUGCAUUUUUGGUGUAACUUCUCCGAAGACAAUCAGCCUUACACACCAGCAGUGGAGUUGGGCCAACAGCCCUGAAAGAUAUAUCCCUGCAACAAUGAAUGUUUCUGAAAUGGGGUGGAGAGAGGGAAGCAAGAAGAGACUGCCAGUCUCCCAAAGACAUCGUUUAUAAUGAUGAGGGCAAAAGAACAACGAUUUCUUAAUAAGCAGUAUGGAAUGACAAAUGUCAUUCAAACAGUGCUUUUUCACCCUGAAAGUGUGGCUCUGGAAGUGCUUUACAUCUUAUUAGCCUUAUACCGAGACAAGUACGUAGGUUUGUCCCUCAAACUGUCAUUUCCACUUGCACAGCAUGGACUUCUAAAUGCAGCAUUUUGCACUGCCUGAUGAUACACGUCUGUGCAAGGGCGAGGCAGCUGGUGCUCACGCCCUGCCAUGACUAGGGAUUUCCCAAUCCUGGCCAGGGCAAGGGUGUCUCUGAGGUGGGGUGGAGCAGUCACAUGCCAGUAAAAAACGUGCCAUAAUCAUUAGCAAGGAGGAAGCAAAUAAAAUUUCUAUAAGGCUUCGAAGAAGCAAAAACUUUCUGUUUCUGCAGCAAAAACAGCUACCAGGAAGUCAAAAAAACCCAGUCUGGCAAAAAGCUACUUGUCUAAGUAGCUCUAAUCCUACCCAAAACCUGUCUUCCAUAUGGUGAUCACCCAUCAUCCCAGGGCUAGACCAGCAUACCUCCAGCAUCAGAAGAUCACAGCGUAGUUGAGACUCCUGUGGUCCACCUAGAGCACUGCUUGGUGUACAUGCUCAAGACGUAGCAUCACCAAGGUGCUCCUUGCUAAGCUGCAAAGUAAGGAGCUUCAGAAAACGAAGGUUUUUGAGACCAGCUUCCAAAUGGCCUUUUUUAUGCACCUAAAAAUAACAGUAACUAGUAAGCAUGGCUUUGAAGGGUGCCUGUUUGCUUGCCUAUGUGUAGCCACCCAUCCAAAGCCCUAAGCCUGGCUCCCAGGCAUGCUCAGAGCAAUUGGAGACAGCAGCGGAGUGUGCAGGUGAGCCGGCCAUGGAAACCCGGCCGUGGGUAUCGGCAGGGCUGUCCGUGUGGUGGCAGGAACCAGCCCGGCCCCCCCAGCUCCAGCAGGGCAGCUGCAAGCAGCACUGGUGGACCUGUUCCAGGGCCACCCUCCUGUAUGAGAUGGAUACGUGGGGGUGCCUCUCACCUGUCGCUUGUACUCAGGUGUUGAUUUUUCCCCCAAUCCUUCACACAAUGCCAGCUGUGCUCUCUGGGGAAGCCUAGGGAAGAGGAUACAGCUUCCUCCCACCUAUGUGACCCUUGCUGUGCCUGCCUCUCCCUCUGGCCAAAAAUGCAGCUCUCCUCUCCGCAAAGAAGAUGACGAGAAACAGGAACGGGAUUGAGGGGAGCCAGAGUGGCUGCUCAGCUUUGGGAUUUCCUUCUGCUCUCUCCAGACGCUGAGCCCCGAUGACUGGUGAAGCAAGAGCAAGGCUCUGCUGGCAGAGCAGGACAUGCUCCCCACCCUGCCCUUUCCUAAAUGUCCUUGUUCAGAAGCUGGCUCGUCUGCAGUGCUCUAGCUCUGGCAGCAGCGAGCUGGUGUGGGAGACGGCUGGCUGGCCCUGACAGAGCAGCAUUUCCACCAGAGCCGGGCUUUUGUCUCCUUAAUCCUUUGACCUCCCUCUCACCCACAUGUUUUCAUUCCCAGUCUCCCGUCACCUCCCAGGUGCUGGGCUCCCAGAGGCCACCCCUAUUAGAUGGGCUGGGCUCACGUUGCAUGGCCUCUGCCUACUCACCCUGAGCUUAAAUUUGCUGGGACUCCUCUAGAGCAUGACAGACGGCGGUGAUGAUCACGGAGUCACUGCAAAUGCCUUCAGCGUGGCAAGGGGGAAGAGAAGGGAGAUCUGGAUGAGAGAGCCUGUUCUGCUUGGCAGGCUGUGCACCCCCAUACCAGCACACCCUCCGCUUCCAGCCACCACCACCAAGCUCACUACACUAAGCAGCGCAUUGCAGUUUAACACUUUGCUCUGGAAGAAGGCAAUAUUAAUCAUAUAUUCUGUUGGUAUUUUAAUGCUUAAUGAAUAAAUAUGGGGUAUUUUGAUCUAGCAAAGACUAACUUCUGUAUUAAUCUCUUUAUAUAUCUCAAGAGCAUAAAAUGAAAACAGGUGAGAUGGGGAAAUGGACACGGUAGCUUUUGGAACCAGUUUCCCCCUGGGUAUGGUUUUACAACAUGUAUUUUGCUCAGAUCAGUAAUUUCAGAAAGCACUAAUUAAAGGUUUUUCACCUCCCACAGCAUAUUCAGGCAGCUCCCAGCCUUUUCCUGGUGUCAGAGUCCACACGGACUGCACCAGGAGAAAGGCUGGGACUAAAAGGCUUGGAAAGGACAGAGGCGUUGAAGAAAAAGACAUUUUAUUAAAGUCUGGAAAUUUAUUCUCUGGGUGAAUUCCACAGGAGGGGGUAGAAUUAAACUGCUAUGGACACACAGAAUUUGUGAAGGACUCGAUGUAAUUUACCCUCACAAACCCAGGUGUGAUUCUUAUUUGUACCCUGGCCACUUUACACUGUUUUCCCAGUGUAAAGGGGUUGUAAAGAUAGCAUCAAUCAUUUUUACACCCACUUUAUGGCAAUUUUACACAGCUAAAAGGGCCCUUUGUGUAAAUGAGAACUCAAGCCCUAGAGAAUUUAAUAGAGAGGAGAUCCUUUCUAUAGACUGCGCUAGACCCUCUAAUAGGGUCUAUUACUGGGGUAUAACUCUCUGCUGGGUUUUAUAGUUUAGCUUAAAGAUCAUCAGUCUCGAUUAAAUUUAGUUCUGUGAAACUUUUCCAAAGGCCGUAACCCUCUGGUGACGUACCUGCUCCUCCACCCCGAACACACGCAGGCAGUGGUGGUGUUGCAUGGAUAACUGCUUGUUUUUUAAAAGGCAAAGCAGCAGCUACCACUUUCCUCUGGCUCUGAGGCAUUCUGAUGUUGUGCUAUGCAAAUACUGGAGCGACAAUAACAGCAACGAAAAGGGAACCGAGACACAGUGCCUUACAUGGAGCCAAAAUGUCACAUUCUCAACCCCAUCAGGCACUGAGGUGGCACCCGUUCCUGGUGGGGGUGCUGCGCUUUGUGCCGUUCUGCCCUCCUGCAGCUGCUGGAAGGACAGGGGCGGGUGGGCAGCGGGGAAGUGGUGCCGUGUCCUGGCCCCUCGCUGGGGCUGCCACCAGCCCACUCCUCCUGCCACCACCUUCACGUGAUGGCCAUCUGCGCCUUGCCGGCCUGGCCAGCUCUGCGUGGGCACCGCUUGGAGCUUUGCCUAAAAAACAGCUCUGCACAAGAGUGCUGGAAACUGUAAUUGACUCACAGGACUAGUUCUUUUUUUUUUCUUCAUGCUGCCAGCCAGUGCAAUAUUUGCUUUGGGGGCCUUUCAAAACAGAAAGCACGCUGCUAGCGUGUGAGAGAAGCUGCAGUUCAGGUCCUCUAUAUUUAGAAAGCCAGGAUGUCAUACCUCCCCUUGAAAUUUUCAUAGUCCCCUGCACCCCACCCACCCACACAAGUACACAUGCUUGCGUCUGGAAAAUGUUUUUCGGUCUUAGCAAAGGGUGUUGGCUUAGGGGGGAUUCAAGGGAGGUGCAGAGGAACAACAGCAGCUCAGUCCUGAGCAUGAAGCUCAAAGCCUCCUUAAGGCACCGGGCAGCAUGGCAGGCAGUGGGGACCCAACGCUCCUGGCCAGGCUGGGGCGGCUGAAGUCAAGGAUCUCUCCUGCUGUCAGCCUGUAACGUAAAUCCCAAGGCAGGACCAAGUUUUUCUGAGAUGUAUGCAAGCCCGCUGCCGUGUCACGUCAGGCAGCGCUGUACCUUCAGCUGACAUCUUCCUGAGCUCAUUUUUAGGUGGCUGCCUGUGGACUGUAGCACCUGUAGCAACAGUUCCGAGAAGAUGCAGUUUGGUGCUAGCUCAUCUCAGGUCUCUGCAGUACCCCUCCCAGGGAUUUUUGCUUUCUGCUCUGCUGCUGCCUCCUGUAAUCACUGGCCAGUAACAUUUAUCCUCUGCUAAACUGGCUCUGUAGUCAAAUAUUAUAAAUGAUGAUUGCAUCUACAAAGACAGGCGUAUAUUUCUCUUUUGGUUUUGGUACCUGAUUUCCAUGCCUUUGUCCAAGAAGUUGAAAGGCUCAUCUAAACUUCAGACUUGUUGGGGGUAGGUGGGUGGGAUUUCUUUUUUCUCUUUUUUUUUUUUUUUUUAAAGAAGAUACGGGCAAUGUAUUUCCCUCAGGGAUGCAUUUGUUAUCAUAAUGCUUUCCCACUCCGCAAAGCCAUCUUUGCAUUAAAGUGUAGCCAUUAAGGCCUGGUGGCUGACUGCAGCGAGGGCAUGGAGGGGAGACCCGCCACGGCUCACAAAUGACUCCCUGCUUCACCCGGCUGUACCCAGGUAUUCCUGCCUGGGAUGGGCAUCCGAGAGCCAGCUGCUGAACACAAGUGGGAGCCCAACCUGAGCCGAGAGAAUAGUUUGCAGAGGGUGAUUUGAAUGCACGCCUCUCCUUCAGUCAGAUGUAUUGUGAAUGAUAAGCGCUGGGCUUGACCUCGGGGUAUGGGAGAGAUGGAGAGUGACACUGAUGAAGGCAGCCCUCAGUAAGAGCCCUAAUUGUCCUGGAAAUGAGAUAUUUGUGCAAGGCAGGUUUUUAACCCCAUUUCACUCUCUCUGGCUGUGUAAAGAGAACUGGGAUUUUUAAUGGCCCAAAGAUGACUGAAGAGAGAUUUCUUCUUACUUCAGUGUGAGAUUUCUCUUUCACCAAAACUAUGAUGAGAGGAAGCCUUUGCCUGAUCUGUCUUCCAUUGGGCUGGUUGGGAGCAUCAUUGCUGGAGCCAGAGCUGCACAGAUGCAUCUUUUUGGGGACAUUUUCUUUCACCUCCACAGCUCCCAGUGCUGGCACAGGGAGGGCAGGGGCAGCUGGUGGCCCAGAUCCAUAACACGCCUGAGUCAACCAAGCCCUGUGGCUAUCCCCAUUUAUACUGACUAUACUUGUCACCAGGGAGUUGGUGGGAUAGUUUAGGGAAAAAUCAUGAUGGAAGAACAGAAAACAGACAUUUACACUUUCCCUUCCACCUUGUGAAUCCAAGCAGGUGGGCAGCACGCACAGGAGGGGAAUCAAGGGAAGCUGAUGGAAAAGUAAAAGCCUCCUGUCGUGAUUCACUGCCCCAAGCCUGCUAACACACUGAGAAACAGUGAAACAGGACAGAAGAAAGCCACCAUAAAUCAGGCACUCUAAAGGCUUUCAGUUUUCAUGAUCCAGACUGGUGUUACGUCAGGAACGUGAAAAAGAGUAUAUUUGUACGGGCUCUUCCCUGCUGGUCCAAGUCUCCCAAACACCAGAGCACUGCAUCAGAUGGGGACCCAGCCAGCCAGGCUUUUUGCUGAUGGACUUUGCUGUCGCCACAGGAAUUAAAUUUUGUAACCUAACUGGGCUGAAGGGUGGGGAAGGGCAGUUUGCGGGCUGUACUCAUAUAUCCAUAUAUACUCUGUUAAGGCUACUGUUUUCAGAUUCAGCAUUUUUUCUUGCAUACAAAAGGAAAUGCUAGGAUCUUGGCUUGCAAAAAUCUGUGCUCCUGAAUUAACAGGAGUUGCACCUCCACUUUAUUUCUAAUAAAACUUUUCUCACUUGCCUCA